CCCUCCUUUGCUCUGUAUUGAUUAUUUGCAAAAUCAUUCACAGUUUCAUGUCUUAAGCAUGGACUGUUACUAUGUUUUUGGAUCUUGAACACUUCAAAUUUUGGAGGAUCUUAAGCUGGAGCUAGCACGGCUGUAGGCCGGUCCAGCCUCCCCUGUGCAUAUCUCAUUUUCUAAUGGACCAAAUGCAAAUUAUUUCGACCACCUAUGACCCAACCCAUCCUUUGCAACCAUUGCCGCUAACACAAUUAAAUAUAAUUCAUGUGUAUGAUUCUUCAAUAUCCCCUUUUAUUACUCUUCAACGAGGAGAUUCAUGAUAAAACAACAUAAUAAUUUUUUAUGUAGUGUUUAUUUUUUGUUCUCCAACGUUUCAACUUUUGUAUAGGAAUCCAAUACAAAUCAACUCGUCUCUUUUGAAUAGAUGCCAUUGCAGCAUACUUCCGUGGAUGGCAACUCCCUUCACCAAAAUGCAAAAAACUCGUUCAAUUAUUUAAAUUUAAUCAAUGUUGAGUUUGUAUACAGAUGGGAAAACCCCAUGACCCUGAAAUAGGUUAGAGAGCGGUAACCUCACAGUUUGCAUGUGGACAAUUUCGGAUUUCAAAAUAGUUUGCAAGUGGACAUUUAUGAUUUGUUGAGCAAUCUCUGUCCGCCCCCCAACCCCCCACACCAAUAUUUAGUGAAAUACGUACUGUUCCAGUAAUUUGAUAACAAUAUUAUUUAUUUAUCUUAUGAGUAGUUAAAUGAAAGCGCAAUGAUAGUGUUACAAUUAGUCUUGAAAUGUUAUCAUAUUUAUUCUUUAUAUUAUCGACCAUCCUCUUAUGUACCAAUGUUACUUUUUUACAUUCUAACUCGAAAGCUUUCAGUUCUCAGGCAGUUGCAAACAUGGAUAACCAGAUUGAAAUUGAAGUUGGAAGACCAAAUACCAUUCCCAACCAACAUCUGAUUGAUCGUCAAAGAACUGUAAACACUUUACACAAAGCUGCUCUAAAAGGUGAUUGGAAGACUACUAAAACUCUGAGUUUGGACAAAAAUAUACCUUGGAAUAUUGCGAUAACAAAGGAUGGAAAUACGGCUCUUCACAUAGCCGUGUCCGCCAAGAAAACUGCUUUUGUCCGCAAUCUAGUCGAAUGCUUGGAAGGAAGUGAACUAGAAUUGAAGAAUGAAUAUGGAUAUACAGCUUUCUGUACUGCAGCUGUAUCAGGAGUCGUUAAAAUUGCCAAGAUCAUGUAUGAAAAAAACAACAAUUUGACAUCAAUUCGAAGUAAAAAUGCAUAUAACCGAGAUAGAAGUAAAAGUGGAUAUACCCCACUUAAAAUUGCAAUUUGGUUCAGAAAAACAGAAAUGGCUGAAUAUCUUUACCCAAUUACACGUCUUGAAGAUCUCGAAGACGAGGAAUAUGUGGAUAUUCUUGAAGAAGCGAUCCGUGCUGACAUGUAUGAUAUCGCUUUAAAGAUGUUAAAAGAAAGUACAAGAAUAGCUCCUCCAAGAAGGAUAAACACAGAACUUGCAUUACAAGCUUUAGCCCAAAAAAAUUUACCAUACAAUCACAAAUUUCAAGGAUGGAUAUGGGAAAGACUUGUUAGCAUCAUUGCGUCUAUACCUUCUAUUCCAUAUUUCAAAAGGAUAUGUAGCUCACUUCAAUGGUGGAGACAAGCCAAUGAGUUGGCAAUGGGGUUGUGGGAAAGGAUUCCCAUGACAUCACUGGACUUCGGCUUCUUAAUUCAAAAGACUCAGAUACUUCAUGAUGCUGCAAAAAUAGGGAAUGUUGAGUUUCUGACUCUGUUUACUCAAUCAUUUCCUGAACUUACAUGGAAUGUCGACUCAGAAAAGUACUCCAUAUUUCAUGUUGCUGUUAUUAACCGACAAGAAAAAGUGUUUAGUCUCAUCUAUCAAACAGGAGCUGCUAAGGAUUUUAAUACAUAUUAUAGAGAUAAAGAUAAAAACAACAUUUUGCACUUGGCCGGAAAAUUAGCACCUCCAAGCAGACUCAACAUUGUAUCUGGACCAGCUCUUCAAAUGCAGAGAGAGUUACUAUGGUUUAAGGAGGUGGAGAAGAUUGUACGCCCUUCCUAUUUUCAGAUGGAAAACAAUGAACACAAAAAACCAAAGGAGUUGUUUACAAUGGAGCAUGAGAAUUUACGGAAAGCUGGUGAGGAGUGGAUGAAGAGCACAGCAACUUCUUGUAUGGUUGUGGCAACUUUAAUUGCCACAGUUGUGUUUGCUGCCGCCUUUACCAUACCUGGCGAGAAUAAAGAAGAAACAGGGGCUCCAAAUUUCUUAAUUGAUGGGUGGUUCACAGUUUUUGUUAUAUCUAAUGCUGUGGCAAUGUUUAGCUCGACAACUUCCAUAAUGAUGUUCUUGUCUAUCUUAACUUCACGAUAUGGAGAAGAUGAUUUUCUAUUUUCAUUACCGGCAAAGCUGAUGGGUGGACUAAUUACACUCUUUGCUUCAGUCAUUUGCAUGGACUUAACAUAUAGUGCAACUUUCUUUUUGGUCUACAAGGAAGAAAAGCAAGGGACAUUGCCAAGACUUGUUGCUGCUCUUGCCGUGCUUCCAAUCACUUUAUAUGCAGUGUUAAAUCGUAGGUUAUGGAAUUCCCUAAUCCAAUCAACAGUGGCAUCAAUGUUUAUGUUUCGACCUGGUAAGCACAGACUUUAUUAAUAAAAGGAGCCACAAUACUAUGAGGAAAGCAUCAUUGUCUUUUGCAGAAAAUUUUGGAAGACUAUCGAAAUUUGAAGCCCAGUGAAUUUUGUAGAUGUAACCUCUUUAUAUGUACAUAUGUGUGUAUGCUGUAACUAUAAACAAUAUUUAAAUAAUCUAAACAUGCUUCAAUGAUC